AACUAACGAACCAGUACGAUUUGGUACGAACCAUUCUCCUUUUUUAUUGUAUAUAUUGACUUGUUUUGUUAGAUAUCCGUAUUUAUCCCAAAAUACCAUAUCAUGAAUUAGACACAACGCCAAUUCAGCUACCUUCUCAGACCAAUGUAUAUCAUGUAACCAAAGAGUUUGGAAUAGCAACCAUGGGUGGUAUGGGAACAGCAUUGACGGCACUUGCCCAGGCACAGCUCCAAUCUGGCCGAAUCAAGCCAGUUGUGGUUAUGCCCUAUUAUUCAUUUUUAAAGAAACAGGAACAGUAUCCGAUCAGGACAGCUGUCGAAAUGGUUACUACAUUUAAAGAUGAUCAAGGAAAGGCGACACCUGUCGAAUUUAAGGUGUACCAAAUGGUCUACGACUUCAAUCCAAUUCCACGGUUUGGUUCACUGCCAAAAGAGGAAAAAGCGGCCUUAAUGUCCAAGACGCUACAUGCAAACAAGACGAUGAGGGUUUAUCUCAUUGGGCCUGGUAAAAUUUAUCCGCUACACAAAUCGUUUCACGCCAACUCUAUUACCCAACUAUACUCUACGCCAAGCCAGUUGCCUCAGGAAUGGAAGGAUCAGUACUUUUGCAAAGCAGUAGCCUCUUUUAUCAUCUGGAGAGCCACAGGAAGGCAUGAACAGAGCCUGUUUGCGCCUCUUGCUGCAACACCGCCUCAUGUCGAUGUAGUCCAUUUACACGGAGCGACGAAUGGAUAUGUUGCCAAAUACAUGAAGGACUUUGCCAGCCAGAAAUUCACAAGUACACCUCCGACAGUUGUCUAUACAAUGCAUGAUUACUUGGACGAGCUUCAAUAUACAAACAAACUAGAAAAUGUUGACAAGUUUUGGACAAACAGCCGAGAAAAUAUCCAAGAAAGGCUCUCUCCGUACAUGUUUGGCAGUAAUAAAGUAUUUAUGUCUCCGCUAGCGAUCGACACUGCAGAUGUAGUCACAUUUGUCAGCAGGAAAAUGGCUAAAUCUAUGACAGAAGGCAGUCUAGAUUUUUACCUCAAGGAAGUCAUCAUGAACUCACUCUUAAAAAAGGCUGAGAAAAAGAACUUUUACGGAAUUAGCCACGGUGUGGCUCUAAGCCCAAGCACCAAUCCAUUCACGGAACCGAAGCUGGUCAAGAACGGCCUCAAUUUCUCUACGCCCCUCAAGUCAGAGACCAAGAGACUCGCGAAACAGUUCCUGGUUGCACAAGGUCAACUUUUACCUCAAGAUCUUCAUAAACCGCUUGUGCUCUAUGUCGGACGGUUCCAAUACAACAAGGGUCUUGAAACUUUUGCAGAAGCAAUCAGUUACUUUAGACAAUACAACAUCAAGUUUGCAAUUAUAGGACAGCCCAAUAAUUAUCCGCUUGAGUGGGUCGAACAGCUAGCCAAAGAGAAUCCAGACCAGGUCAUCUUGAUGACGACCGUACGCCAACAGGAGCAAUGGCUUUCUUACUAUAGGGCUGCAGCUGACUUUGUGUAUGUGCCAAGUGAGACUGAAAGCUUUGGACUUGUGGCUGUUGAAGGUAUGGCUCAUGGCUCAGCUGUCAUUUCAACUGGAGCGGGUGGAUUAAGUGAAUUCUUGGUUGAUAGACGAUCAAGUGUUGAUUUCAAUGCUUAUCUAUUCAAUACUCAAGAGCACGGAUCGCUUGAGCGAGCAAUACAGACAGCGUCAGAAGACUAUAAACAGUUGAUGCGGUCUUCAGAGGAUUAUGAAGCUUAUGUGACAAGGAUGAUGCAAAGUGCUUUAUCUCUUGCAUGGGAUCGAGGAGACGAGCAAGGACCAUUGUAUGAUUAUUUGCGACUGUAUCAAAAAGCAAUCAAUGAAAAGAAACUGGAUAAUAGAUAUCGUCUUAAAGAAGAUAUUUAACAUUUGUACAGCCAUUGAUAAGCUUAAAAAGUACAUUAAUUCUUCCCUUUUGUUUUUAUAUAUAUUUAUUUGUAAUACACCACCUUAAUCAAUAUCGACGCUGCGUCCAAUUUUGAAGUCGCAAGUUGACAAAAAUAGAAAUCGUAACAUGUCUAGAAGCUUUUGUGUGUUUGAUCAAGUUCAAAAAGUAUUUGUAGUAAAGCAUAGUCAUCCUUGUUUCUGCUGCUAUUUCUCAUAACAUUCUAGCAAAUGAAGCCUCUGUAAAUUGAAAUACAAGGCUAGAUCUUCCAUAAAAAACUGUCCAUAUUAAGCAGAAAUGAUCAAUCAUAAAGUUCUACUGAAUAUGCUUCCAUACAUUCCAUUCCCAUAAUGGCAAAUUUAAUUUACAUUCGCAGAUAGUAAAAAAAGAAAGAAAGAAAAAAGUUAUACAGUCUUUCCGGAAAGUA